AUGCCAGCCACGGACACGGAAUGGCCCGAUAUCAUCGCGCCCGUCGACAAUUCGCGGAGCUCAAAUCAUCCCGCACAUGAGCACGUCGCUCGUUUUCUGGCAAGGGUGGAGAAUGGUGACGAUAACCGUGCUUUUACAGUGGAAGAAGAAAGACGUGUUCUACGUCGCAUCGACUUUCGUGUUUUACCACUACUGCUGGGUGCAUACUUCUUCCAGCAGCUGGACAAGUCUGCACUUUCAUAUACCUCAAUCUUCGGUCUUUCGGAAGAUGCCCACCUCGUUGGUCAACAAUAUUCGUGGCUCAGCUCCAUUUUAUAUCUAUCCCAGCUAGUGUUCCAGCCUCUCGCUGCAUUCUUGCUGGUGAAGGCGCCCACAGGGAAGGUUAUUUCAGGAGCCAUUUUUCUUUGGGGAAGUACAUUAGCGAUAAUGUCUGCAUGUACUGAUUUUAAGAGUCUGUUGGGCAUGCGUUUUGCACUCGGGGCCUUCGAGUCGAUGAUCGCACCUUCGUGUAUUGCAGCCACUCAGAUGUGGUGGCGUCGAGGUGAACAAACUCUACGUGCAGCCAUGUGGAAUGGAAUGAACGGGCUAACGUUCAUUGUUGGCAGCCUCUUUACGUACGGACUGGGCCACAUUCACAGCAACACACUCUAUUCAUAUCAGAUAAUAUUCCUGUUCUGUGGCCUUUUGACUGUUUGUUAUUCAUUUGCUGUCUUAAUAUUUAUGCCUGAUUCACCAAUGGAGGCUAAAUGCCUAAGCGACCGCGAGAAGUUCAUUGCUGUUGAGCGUCUGCGUGCCAACCAAAUGGGAAUUGUUUCUCGGGAAUGGCGAUGGGACCAUGUGUGGGAAACGCUGUAUGACCCUAAAACCUGGAGCUGGUUUUUCUUGGUCAUUUCGAUAUCAAUCCCCAGCGGUGGAAUUGGCAGUUUCGGAAAUCUCAUAUUGAAGUCAUUUGGAUACACAAAUUUUCAGUCGAUUUUAUUCAAUUUACCACUUGGUGUCAUUCAAAUUAUUGCCAUCUUGGGUGGGGGCUGGGUUGCCACUCGCUUCAGAACGAAGGGCAUGGUUAUUGUGUUGUUUGCUACGCUCGCAUCGAUUGGUACUAUUUUGAUGCUCCUCGUACCACGAAGCAACAAGGGUGCUCUUCUAUUUGGAUACUACCUAGUCUCAACUAUGGCUGCCAUCACACCUAUGAUAUAUGCCUGGGAAGCUCAAAACACUGCAGGGGAUACGAAGCGAAAAUGCACAUCGGCUGUUGUGCUUGUGGGAAUGUGCACAGGGAAUGUUAUUGGCCCGCAGCUCUUUUCGACCUCUCAAGCCCCGGCAUACCGCCCGGGGCUGAUUGCAAGCUUGAUUAUGUUCAUUCUAGUGGCCGUUCUGGCAAUUCUAACUGAGCUCUUCUUGAUCGCGCUGAACAAGAAGCAUGCCAAGAAGAGAGAAGCACUUGGAAAAUCUGCCAAUUCAGUUGAUGAGUCAAUGUUAGCAAAAGACGAAAUGAAGGCAAGCAAGGUUGUGGAGCUCGAAGAUGUUCGGGAUAUUCAGAACCGCAACGUUGCAGACAAGGGCUUCGCAGACAUAACUGACCUACGGAAUGAGGACUUUAUCUAUGUCUAUUAG